GGAGGCAGGAUUUACUUCAAAUGGGGAAGUGUGACCUUGUUGUAGAACGUUGUAGAUACUACUAGUAAGUAGGAUUAUCUGAAAUGUACUAUAGGCUAAAAAAGACACUGAACGAAUCGUGACACGUCGAGUUAUCGUAAUCUAGAAGUGAUUUAGAAGAAAAAUCAUAAUCAAAUAAUCAACUACGUAUUACAACAAUGUUGUAUAUCAUGAAAUUUCUUUCUUGGAUUAUCAAUCAUUUCAUAUUAAAUGGAAAUGCACAAAACAAAAACAUGUUCUUGCUGCCUGAGGAUUAUUAAAAUGUAUACUAUGCUCAGAUGUUGUUGGUAUUCGUCGCUAAGGGAUCAGGCAGCGUGAGUUGUCACGUGGUUCGCAAAUGAAUGAAUGAAUCAAUAUUAUUCUAUUCUUCGCUUGUAUGUAAUAUAUUCUUGUUCGUAACUAAUUCUUGUUCGUAUUCGUAACUCACUGAUUGUUGUAUAGUUUUUUUGGGGAAGAGACUUUCUAAGAAGAUAUUGAGUUACGAUUUAUUGUUUUUCCUAGAAUGAGAAUGUGCCUAGGAAUGAUGUACCUACAACGUACAUUCGUUCCCUCAUACGUAGUAUCUAUGGAGGAGGUUCGUCAUUAGAAAUGGUUCGUUAUUGAUGGUUCGCUAUUAAUGGUUUGUCGACUGUGAAGAUCUUCGCGUAUUUAAUUGAGACAAAUUUGAAACGUGAAGACAUCAAACCAACUUACUAAACAUGUACCAGUACAGAGAACUAGAUCAAAUAUGUACCUACAGAGACUGAAAUCUGAAAAAUCUGAAAGACGAAAUAUAACACGGGCUUACAUGACACGCACACAAGAGAAAGGAGCAAUAACAAUAUUGAAACACAAAGAAAACGACCAUGAGCAUGAUAGAUUCUUGUUGAAAAAAAUCAGAAAUUUUAUUUUGGAAUGUUGAGGGUUGAAGCAAAUCAAUGUAGAAGUUGAUGAAGUAUUGAU